CUCAACAUUAUUACCAGAUGAACUUUGCCACACACCAGUAACCCCUCAGACUGCAGUAAAACACUUCGUCCCUGCAACCCCUCAGGUGUUGAGCAACGUGGAGCAAUACCCGCAGCCGACAUUGGGUUCUCAGCUGUAUCCAGGAACUGGCAUUCCCAUUUAUCAAACAGGACCUCGUGUUGGUGGUUCACUUGGCACUAUUCCAUCUCAAGUAGGUCCAGUUCCUGUACAUAAGAUGUCUCAGGUUUUGGCUCCGACCCCAGCAUCUAGGGGAUUUAUGCCGGUUACAAGUGCAAGAGUCCAAAGACCUGGCAUGGGUCCAACACAGUCCUCCAGCCCUACUCAGCCAGCACAAGUUCAAUCAGCCAUAACUCCUGCCUCAACCCCACCUACAGUACAGGCAGUGGAUACUUCAAAUGUACCUGCCCAGCAAAGACCUGUCAUAAUGACGUUGACGCGGUUUCUUAAUGAGACAUCAGAAGCACUGGGAGGUUCAUGUGCAAAUCCAGCUAAGAAGCGGGAAAUUGAGGAUAACUCAAGGAAAAUAGGUGCUUUGUUUUCCAAGCUGGACAUCUCCAAAAAUGCCUCUGAAAAACUUGUUCAGCUUUGUCAGUCUUUGGACAACGGUUAUUUCGGUACUGCCCUUCAAAUCCAGGGGGAGUUGAAAUAUGAUCUUUACGCAGUCGUGGUGCAUACUGAACUCUCAUCCACUUGCGGGCACUACUAUUGCUUUGUUCAUUGCGCUCAAGAAGUGUGGUACAAGUUCGACGACUCAAAGGGUUGGAGAAGAUUUUGUGCUGUCUCAGGAAGCCUACAUUCUAUUCUACGCGAAGCACGGAAGCAGGGCACACCCUGUUUUUCAAGUUUUUUGGAAACUGAAAAGUCUUACGUAGACCAAUAUAAUCCAACCAUCCACCCAAGUCAGUUUUGGAUAGCACGGAUCGCAUCUGUACAUCAUCCCCCAAUGUGACGAGCAAUUGUUACUCUGAAGUCAAGAAAGCAAGAGUGGAUGUGGUUGGCGUUUCUGUGGAGUCUUUUAACGGGUACAGAAAUGGUGUUCAAGGCAGUGAGGCGUGGUAAUGAGUACUUCUUCCAAUGGAACAUCUGAUAUGGUUGAGAAAAAGUUCUCUCCAUCAGUGCUCAAAGAAAAUAAGUGCAAUCAGGAGUUCAAUGAAAUUAGAAACAGUGCCAAUAUUACUCUAUCAAUGCCAAUGCCCCUCAGAUCCCCUAGCCUGAUAUAUACGCAUAAGAGGCUCCAGUCUUGAGUUAUUCUAUCCCGCGUGAUCAUCUGAUACCAGAGAAACAAGUUCCAUGCAAAAGAAAACUGGACGAUGAUCUGGAGGAUUCAUGGAAAAAGCAGGCGGCUUUUAAGCUGUUGAAAAACACGCCCAAUGACAGGAGCUCAAAAGUACUGGCUGCCACGAAUGGGUCCCAUGAUCUGAUCAGUAAGAAAAUCAGGAGAAAAGAAUUGCCUUCAAAUGGAAACAAUAGAGCUUUGAGUACUAGCCACAAGCCCAAUCUUGACUUGUUCUUGCGUCUGGUGGCUGCUGGAAGUUUUUGGUGAAUCUAAUGUUGUUUCCUAGAUGUUUAUAGCAAAACUUCUCUUGUUCUUGCGAAACUGGGGAAAAUUCAAGCUGCAUAGCCUUUUUUUCAGUUCACUCCUUGUAGGUAAUUAAGAGUAGGUGUUUUUGGCACCCAGGUUUGUUUUCUUGUGUAAUCCAGGUGAGGUUUCAUUUGGGUUUUUCUGUUUCAAAUGCUUUAGUGAAUAGAACGGUGUUUACUGUUUAGAUCCAGGGGUUAAUUCUCAUUCCCUCUGAAGAACUCAUGCCUUUGAAUGUAACAUAAAGAGUUUUUUAUGAAAACAUCCCUCGAACUGUCAUCCAUUUUGCUACUUCAUCCUCGAACUAUCAAAAUCAUUUACUUUGUCCUCAAACAAUCCAAAACCCUCCUAUUUCGUCCUCCCCCUAACGCCAUCCACUAUUGCCGUCCAAAAACACAGCACAUGACACACACGUGAGUUUUUGAAGGGGCACAAAUGGGAUUUCACCUCCUUCCCUCACGAAAUCGGAUAAACCCUAUUCUCUCCCUCUCUCUCUCUCUCAUACUCUGUGAUACGCAACGAUCUCUCUUUUCCUUCUUUGUAUCCAUAGCAGAUGAUCGAUUGAAGAGCAGAACGGUAGGAGUUUGUCUGCACUUCGGUAGGGAAUUUUGUGGCAAUAGACGACCGCUUGAGGGAAGGAGGCCUUCUCCCCAACUAUAUCAACCCCAGUUUUUUUUCAAUCAAGGUCCACCAUGGGGGUAAUUUGACUGUUGAAAGGGGUACGAAUUCAUAUGUGGGUGGACAAGUAAGCUACAGUGACUAUGAGGAGAGGGAUAAGGUCUCAUUUCUUGAUUUG